AUGCAUUUAUUAUAUUGUACUAUAAUGUUACAGCAACUUAACAUGUAAAUAAAUAAAUAACAUGAUCAAGAAAUGCGUAUUAUGUUUGAGGUCUUAUAUACAACCUAUCCGUGUGAAUAAUUUACACAAGCUAGUAAUUGUCUUAGAGCCGUGCAGUAAGAAUAUCGGGUAGAACUACUGUAGCAAUCAAUACCUUCAGCUGAGUAUUUCUUGGCAACACUAGCUAGCUGACCGGAGGUUGUUAUUGUGUCCCUAUGGAGACGUGAUUUGAAUGCUUAGUGAGGUCUAUACUCAAAAGGAGGAGUAACUUUCGGAACACUGGAGGGUUUUCUUCAAGAUUGUGAAUUAAAUGAAACCACUGGAAGCAGAAUCAAUGUCCAACUCCAUGACAAAAACUAAAAUGAGAUCAAGUCCUCAUAGUAUCAAGCAAUGGCAGCUGGAAAGCAUUGGUGUCCAGCCUGGAGUGACCGAGAUGGCAUUAAAUGAAGCUUUUUCAGGAAACCAAGCAAAUAUCACAAUGGACACUCGAUUCAGCACCUGGACUCCAAUAACCAACAAAUCCUGUAACCACCAGCUCUUUCAGGAAAGAAUGAACCUAAUUUGCCACUGGUUUGAUCUGUGGACUGACCGCCAGCGAAAGCAGUUCCUUCAUAAUGUAUUGAUGAGAUGCAGUAGAUCACAGCUUAAGUUUACUAGGGACUGGUUCACAGAAGUCAUUCCCGUUACCAAACUGGACUUCACUACAGUUCUGCCGCGCUUCAUAUCCCUGCAUAUCUUUUCUUUUCUCAACCCCAAAGAGCUGUGCAUUGCUGCCCAAGUGAGCUGGCACUGGAAAUUCGUAGCAGAACAGGACUGCCUGUGGAUUCCAAAAUGUGUGAAGCUUGGGUGGUUUGUGCCCUACACCCCAGCAGACAACGAGUACGGUGCUUGGAAGAGACACUACAUAGCCUGUGCAGCUGACCUGGACUAUCUGACACCCAGAGAGGCAGCAGAAGUCUACGGCACUCUGAAUGAGCCGAAAGGAAUUACAGAGGAGAUGGAAGAAAGACAGACAGAGCGAGCAAUAAGAAUGAGAAUUCGAGAGAGAGUUGCAGAACACAAAAAGGCCUUGCUGAAAUCACGACCGGCUUGGCUGAGCAACAGUUGGAACCCAGGGACGGUAAAGACUAGGUUACAAACAAACAAACCUCAGGCAAGCCUGGGCCAGCCUGCAUUGACAGCAGCCCUGCUAUUUAUAAGGGAGAACACCCUUUCACAUGGCACCCUCUCCAAACAUUUAGCAGAGGAAAACAAACCCUGUUCUUCUUAUGACCCAGUUGUAGAGAAGAAACUGAUGAUCACAUCCUUAAAAUCACUGCCAAAAAGGAAGAAUGCCUGCUGUGGCAGUUCCUACCCUGUGUUACCCCACAGACAACGCAACCAUGUCCAGCGAGUGUACAGCAACCCAUCCACUCAGUCUGCACCUUGUCUUAUCUUGAUAUCGUCGAGGGUUCCAGCUUACGAGAUGCUGUUAGACAGCUUGAAGGUUGGUGUGGUCCCUGUGGUCUAUGAUUACACCGGAAUCACGCUGGAAAGCCUGCUGUUUUGCACUGAACAAGCCCUGCAAGGAGAGAAAGCUCAGAGCAUUGGAAUAUUCACUGAAGGACACUCUGGAGAGAUCUAUCUCUCUAAAGACUGCAAGGUCAACACAAAGAGCGUUUUGAGUCCUGAAAUCCGAGAAUUCUGGGAGAAACUUGCUGGCUGUAUGGUGUCCCAUUCUGAAGGAGGCUGUUUGGAUAUCUUUAUUCCACUCGCUGCAUCAGAGGCAGGAAUGGAGGUACUUUCCAAGAUCUCAGCUUUAACUGGUUUGGAUGUUAGCACACCCACAGGGAUUGCAACCGGAUCCUACCAGCACAUUUGUAGCGAGUGGCUUGGAAAACCGGAAGCCAAGUUUCCGUGUGUCAAAUAUUUCAUUGAAUCGAAGCUGCUAUCCUGGUGCAGGCUGGCGGAUGUGCUGGAGGAAGCCUUGAAGACCGCCAGGAAACACAUGAAACCUUAUCUCCAGGAACUGCAGGAGGAAGUGUGUGGAAGAAUCAUCGGGCAGUUUAUGUUUGAUUCCAUGGGCUUGGCAGAGGUGCAGACAAAGCAGGAUACUGCUCAAGCUCUAAUUGCAGGCCUGGUGGCCCUGACAAGAGAAGGAGGUGGGAGUUCUUUGGAAUUUCUGUCUAACUUCCUGAUGGGAAGAUGUAAAAGCAUCGAUGGGAAUAAUUCAGGUGAAGCAUUUCUGACUGAAUGUGAGCCAGCAGUGACUCUCAGUGGAUAUAUGAAGGAUGAUGAACUGCUAAGAACUGACGGAAAAAAAAUUCAAAAUGAAGAAUUGGCUCAUCUGAAUCUGAAGCUUCAGAGGGAUUCGGCAGACAAGCGCACCAUGUUUGCCAGAGAGGUUCUCCAGAGUGAAAAGAAUUAUGUGCAGUUGCUGGAGAUUACCAGAGACGUAUAUGUCACACCACUGAAAGCAGCUCUUUCGUCAAAUCGUGCCAUUGUGAGUGCAGCUAAUGUUCUGCUCAUCUUCUCUGAUGUCUUGGAUAUCCUCGAGUUGAACAGGCAAUUUCUGGAGGAGCUGAAAGAAAGGCUGCAAGAGUGGGGCCCUUCUCAGUGUCUUGGGGAUGUGUUCAUCAAAUUCAGUACCAGGUUGAACACCUACACAAACUUCUUUAACAACUACUCUGUCAUCUUAAAAACUAUUGAUAAGUGCAGAGAAACGAUUCCAGCUUUCCGGGCCUUCCUGAAAAGGCACGACAGAACAGUCGUCACUAAAAUGAUGUGCCUCCAGGAGCUGUUGCUGUUCCCUUCAAAACGGUUUGAAGAGUAUGUCUCUCUCCUGUAUGGUUUGCGACUUCACACUGCGCCUGAGCACACUGACCGGGCUAACCUCACCACUGCAGUUGAGAAAAUGAAACACUACAGGGAUUUCAUUCGGCAGUUAAAGCAGAAUAUGGACUGUGAUCCCAAGAUGCUGGAGGCUCAACGGUCUAUUCAGGGUUGUCCUAACCUGAUGGAAGCAAAUAGAUAUCUGAUUCAGGUGCAAGAUGUGGCUCAACUAAGCUGUCCUGAUGUGGAGAUCAACGCUUCCCUCAGGAUCUAUGUCCAUGUUAGUGAUCUCACCCUAUUCCUCUUCAAUGAUGCAGUGGUUAUCACCUCGAGAAGUGUCUCUCAUGUGCCCUUUAAACAUACUUGCAAGACAACUCACCGCUUCUUAGCAUCAGUGGCCCUUCACAGUCUUUUCAUAGAGGACAUUCCAGACACAAAAUACAUAAAGAAUGCAUUUGUUCUUCAAGGGCCAAAACGUCAGUGGAUCUGUGUUACAGAAAGGGAAGAACACAAAUGUAUCUUCUUGUCGGUACUACAAAGUGCAAUCAAUGCUGCAAUUGGUGUAAAAUAAGAUACUUCUUUAGGCAGCACAGGAACUGGAAAUAGUUUGCUCAGAUUUGAAUGAAUCCUUGAAUCACAAGUUUAUGUAAAACUGAAAUGUACGCCAUACACAAUUUUUAAUGAAUGUUUUAUUUAUGCAGGUGAUUUUUUUUUUUAUUUUACUUGUGUAAAUAAUUUCUGUAAUUCAGCUGGGAAUUCCUGUAUGUGACUGAAUUCUGUAGAAUUAUGUUUAUGGCUUAUUUCAUAGGAACUUGACUGAAAAUUGCAAUAAGAUUAUUUGUUUUACAAUGUGAUUUUAUUAUGGCUAUGAUAGUGUGUAUUUGUUACAUGUAAGUGGGGGGAGCUAUUUUUGUUUAAAUUGU